UCGAACAAAGUCGGUACGAUAUAGCUGAAGCUUGACUGGCUCGAAGGCAAAGCAACACCUAAGUUUCUCCUGGUUAAAUUAGGCCUAAGACCGAAUCUUUGAAAGUUAUUUAAUGCGCUGAGACCCGACCGAAGUAUAUAUAUCGACCUCGAGGACCCAAAAAACGACGAUGACGUACCAAUUAUACAGAAAUACCACCCUGGGAAAUACCCUGCAGGAGAGUCUGGACGAACUCAUACAGUUCCAGCAGAUAUCGCCUUCGCUUGCGCUGCGUGUGUUGCUUCAGUUUGACAGGGCUAUAAACCAAGCAUUGGCCAACAAAGUUCGUGCGCGUAUUACUUUUAAGGCCAAUAAGCUCAACACCUACCGUUUUUGUGAUAAUGUGUGGACAUUCUUAAUGUCAGACGUGGAGUUUAAAGAUGUGCAAGAGUUUGCCCAAGUUGACAAGUUGAAAAUUGUUGCUUGUGAUGGCAGAGGACCAGGGCCUGGGAAUGCAUCAAACACACCUUUAACUGCCGAGUAAAGGUGUUGGAAGAAUCCAAUUUAUGGCAGCGAAUUGUGUGGGUAUUAGUCGUGGAGCAUUUUCUUUUUUAAUGUUUGAUAUGACGGAAGCUACAUAGUAUGUACACGUGUUUGCUUUAGUUACUUCUUCUGACAGAACAGAAAAUUUAAUAUGGCUUGAAGGAUUGUUCUCCUUUUUUUAUUGUCGGUAAUUUGAAAUGUGUUUUAUGAGUCAUGGAGAUUAAAUAUUUUUAUUAUUGUCACAGUUACAAAAUAAAGUCGUAAGGUAAUGAU